AUGUCCCAGCUGCACUUGCAGGGUGAGUUUUGGUUUGGAAAGGUAGGCAAAAGAGAGAGAAAGAGAGCAUUUCUAGAGAAUGGAGGGCUUGUAUUGGAGAAGCUGGUUGCCUCUUGUAAUGGCAGGCCUAUUCCCAUCCGUACCUUCUCCUAUAAAGAGCUUAUCUUGGCAACCAACAACUUUGAUCCCAGCCUUAUUCUAGGUCAAGGCCUGGGGCACUAUAUACUCUACAAGGGUUCUUUUGAAGGCCGAAUACGUUUCAUUAAGAGGUAUUUCACAUUUUUCAAGAGAUUUGCCCUAACGGAUAUAGGAAUUUCUGCAAAGACAAGCGCUCACAAAAAUAUUUUAAAGCUGGUAGGAUGCUGUCUCGAGACUUCAUGUCCAAUUUUAGUGUAUGAGUAUGCUCAAAAUGGAGUCCUUGCUGAUCAAAUUUAUCUCUCUCAACGACAAGGUUCUCCCAUGGAGUGGCAGAGCAGGUUAAAGAUUGCGAGACAGAUUGCUCAUAUAAUUGCAUAUCUCCAUACUGCCUUCUCAAGGCCCAUCAUCCAUAGAGGUAUAACAUUGGAAAGUUUUUUCUUAGACCAGCAUGAUGUUCCCAAACUUGAAGAUUUUUCACGUUCCAUUACAAUUCCCGAGGAUAAAACUCACGUGAAAGUUGAUCAGGUGAGCGGGAUUGCGGGUUUCUUAUGCCCUAGCUAUUGGACUACGAAAAUAGUAACGGAGAAAACUGAUGUCUAUAGCUUUGGUAUGAUUAUAUUACAGCUUUUAACUGGACAUGAUGCUUCUGCUUUGUUGAGCUUAGUUUCUGAAAACAAUGACAUGUGUGGGAAUUCUUUUGAAAGACAGAAAAAGUUGAUGGAUUAUUUCAGAAACAGUGCUAUUGAUGAGAUUGGGGAUCCUGCAAUCUUGGCAGAAGGAGGAGUUGGUGUGGAGCUGCAAUUGCAAGCUGUGCAGCAGCUUGGUCUCACAUGCAUAGAGGGCGAUCCAAAGAUAAGGCCGACGAUGGUAGAUGUUACAAAAGAACUCAGGCGGAUUGAGAAAUUAAUCGCAUGAUUAAUUUCUCAUUUGGCCCAUCUAACUUCCUCUUCCCAUGCAUCAAUUUGUGCUAUAUUUGUGUCCUUAAUUUUGAGCCU